GCAGUGUGAAAUGUUUUGUUUGGAUUAUUCAGUCAAGAAAUAAAGAGAGAUUUUGGAUUGGACACUCUAGUUCAUGAGUCAAGGAACAUUUUCAGGGACAAUAUUUUCAAAUCUGAACUUGGAUUUCCUGGAAUACAUGGCUUUUCUUGAUAAAGGAUGGGUUGUUGAAUAAGAAACCACACUGAAUAAAGUUUGUAACUUUAAAUUAAGACAUUAAGGCAAAAACAAAAUCCCUGAGUUAUGGGAGUUGAGGAUAUGGUAAACAACAGGAAGCUGUAGGAUAGGAGUUGUAGAGUAAUUCUGAUCACAUUCUAUAUUGAAUUACUGUGUAUGAGCUGAGUCUCUUUAGGGCAUUGUUGUGUUUUUCAGUUGUUUUUACGACAGAAACUUAUGACAACCCACAGCCCAGUGGCUCCUUUGUUUAAAUCCUGACUCAGCUCUAGUAAUUUGUUGUUCAUGCUGUAAUGUGUUAAGGCUGAUGUACAGUAGUUUGUGAUGAAGACGUCAAAUGCAGUGAUCUGCUCCCAGGGUUAUGUACAGCCUGUUUCUUAUCACUGUGUGCGAUAAAUUGUUCAGGUAACAGACUGUGCGAGCACCAUGAAGUGUAAUUAGAUUAUCAGGUUGACUUGGCUGAGGUUAAAGUGCAUUAUUUCUUCCAAGAUGUACGGGGAAAAAAAACAGGUUUGCGAUUCGCUGAUCACCGUGCAUUUGUGCUUCUGUUUCCUGGUAACGUCACGGCCUGAGCGGUAAAGAUAGCUAAUUCGUGUGUACUGUAAUAGUCUCGGUGGAGAGGGAGUAGCCCUACCUCCCGUGAGAUGUUAUCCAUUCCACUCCGGGAGCCUGAAGUCAGUGUCAGCCUAUUAACGACCUCCUUCUCAACUCAAAGGCAGGAAAAACGUGUUUACAGGCAUUCUAAUUUCGUCUGCCUUCCUCAUUCCUGGCUGUUCGUCUGGCUGGGAGGCCAUGGGUGACUCUGUGAUCUCAGCCAGCGUUAAGGAGCCAGAGCUGAAGGGUACUGUGGAAGGCUCUGGCCUAUUGAAAAGUGACGUGAGCAUUUACCGCUGCCCCUUAAUGGAUAACGCUUUACCAGACCUGGUGAACAGCAGUGCCUCUCUCUCCAGGUGUGUGGUGCCUGGGAAGGCGUUGGAGGCGGAGCGGGCGCUAACGGCCGAGCUGCAGGCUUUCAAACAGGGCUUCCGCGAACAGGGCUGCUCUGGGUCCCGGGACGAGGAGCUGAUCAGCGCCAUGAAGGAGCAGGUGGCGUGUCUGUCGCAGAAGAACCAGUCUCUGGAGCAGCGGCUAGAGGCGGUGUGUCAGGAGAAUGCGGGCCUGCAGGACAGCCUGGCCUCCCUGCACAAACACCUGGUUCUGCAGGAGGAGCAGGGCCUACAGCGCACUCAGCAGCUGGCAGACGUUGAGAGAGAGGUGGAGGUGUCACGUGGGAGGAACCAGCAGCUGCAGGAACAGGUGGAGCAGCUGCAGGAGGAGAUCUCCAUGCAGGAGUCUGGGCGGGGCGAAGCAUCUCUGCUGUCUGAACUGGAGCAGAGCUUCAGUAACAUGAGCUGGAGUCAGGACAAGGAGCAGGUGAAGGAGGAAGUGCUGUCCGUCCUGAAGGUCCUGCUUCCCCUGACGGAGCAGGAGGAGACCCCGGGGGAGUCCCUGUGGCCGGAGAGCCUGGACGGCGCUGUGCUCCAGCUCAGAACCGUGGCUCACCGACUCGCCUGCAGCCGGGACCCUCAGGAGCUGAAUGCCCCCUUUGUUGGCAGUGUGCGUGAGAACGCCGACCUGAUACAGGAGCUCCGGGAUCAGAACGCUAAGCUGAUGGCAGAGAACUCUGAGCUGAAGAGCCGGGUGGAGAACAGCCGGGAGAGGGAGCUGGCACAGCAGGCCAUACGGGACCGAGAUGAAGCCAUCGCAAAGAAGAAAGCCAUGGAGGCAGAGCUGCUGCGCAGCAAGAACGACAUGAUGUCCCUGAACAAUCAGCUGCUGGAGGCCAUUCAGCGCAAGCUGGAGCUGUCCCAGGAGCUGGAGGCCUGGCAGGAUGACAUUCAGGUGAUCCUCAACCAGCAGCUGCAAAGCCAACAGCUGUCAGAGACAGGCGUGAAGAAGAGCAGCAACAGCAGCACAAACCGACUAGCCUUCCUGCGUCGGUCCAGCACCCCCAAGCUGGAGCGCCAACACCCCCCCUCCCCCACCUCCUCCUCCCGUACCUCGGAGAGGAAAGACUGGAGAGACUGGCUGAAACGGGGGAAGACUGGCCAGCACGGAAACUGAACCCUGGCAUGGCGGGCACCAUCAGCCAUCGGGCUGCCAGCUAGCGCGGAGCCCACAAACGGCUCACGGUUGACGUGGGCGUGCUGCUGAACUCCCAUCUCUGAAAUGGCGAGUCUGCGCUCAGACGCUGAAGCGAGAAAGAAAAGCUUCAUGGGGAAAUCAUUUUGGGUUGAACUUAUUUUUUACUGUACGUAUGGCCAUAUUUUUAUUUUCUUAUUUUUGGAUAUUCUAUGCUGUACUUUGAAAGUUCAGUUGAACUUUGAACAUUCAUUUAAAUCAGACCACUAGGAUCAAAGUACUCUAUGGUAAAGACAGACAAUGGUGAACAUGAAGGAGAAGGUUUUUUGUAUAAAUGAAUUACAUAAUAAGGAAUGUAGAAGCUUCAAUCCUGUGCAUGUGAAUAUUAAUGUUUGUAUAGAUCCUGACAGUAUUUACUGAUAGUGUGUUCAUCAAAGUGUUUAUUAAGGAACAGUUAAGUAGAGUAGAACAUACUGUAUUGGUGUAAGUUCGACUGGAUGCCACAGGAUUUGGGGAUUUUUUAAGAAUCAAAAAAUACAAUUUGAGCCAAGUUUCAUUUUACUUGCUGAGUCCCCCUUAAUUUAGCAUAUUUUAGAUAACACAAAGGCUCAGAAAUGUAGAAUUAUCAAUACUUUAUCGCUCUAGUAAUUAUUCAGGAGCCUUUGAACAGAAGCAGAUUUUCUUUAGUGUUUGAUUUGCAAAAGCUUUUCAGCAGCUGUAGUCAGAGUAUAUAGCAGGCCCUGUUAUUGGUUUGUUAUGAAUGUUACAUGAUGCAUUUUCAGGGCGAGGAAUGAAUAGAACUCCCAAGGAGAUGCAUGUAGAAUGCUGCAUGCAGAAGGGCUAACUUUUCAAACUGAUUCAGUUUGAAGCAGCACCCUCAAUUUACAUGUAAAAGCCAGAUUGAAAAUAGGUUUGAGGUUAUAACUAAGUUAUGAAGUCCUUGCCUUGCUUUUCAUGUUAGGACUAAGGGACAUCUGAAAGCCAGACCAGGGGGACUACAGAACUCUUUAAUGCUCCAUGUUGAAAAUGAACUAAGUGAAAAGCUGCUGCACCAUUUAUCAGCUGUAAACAUGCUUUCAGUUGACAGCUGCCAUUUUCUGUGAAAAGAGAAAGGCUUUGCUACAGUAUUGUGCUACUAGGCAGGUUGUGCCAAACGCUUCCUUUGGUAUUCCAUUAUAAAACUGUUGUACACUUACCUCCUUUCUCCUGGCACUUAGAACACUAUAAAGCGUGUAAUUAAAUUCACUGCGCCCCCACCUGGCUCAGUAUUUUACAAUACAGAAGCAUGUGGAAAGAAGGACAGAUAUUUGUAAAUAGGAAAACCACUAAAGGGUUAUGCUUUUUUCACAUGUACAGUAUGUAUUUAAGGCAGUAUACACAUACUGGUUCUCAAGCUGUUACAUAAUAUGACAAAAUCUAAAUGAUUGUAUGACUGGAAUGUAACAUUUUACAUUUCUUGCAUUUUACACUGCUUGUCACAUUUUCUUACAGAUUUUAGGAAGCCUAUGCAUCUUUGAACGCCUCUGACUGAAGUUAAUUAUGCUUCAGAAUAAUUAAACUGGAUAAACUGAAUUGCAUAAUAAUAUAUUUAAUGACAAUGUGAUCAUCAACCCUACAAGAAUGACAAGGCAUGCUUUCAGAAACCGUAACAGCUGUGUAUGGUGUGUCUGAAGAAAAAUUGUUUAUGUUGUUUACACUGUUGAAUAAAGUCACAUUUAUACAAAUACA